AUGUCACUUUCUACCAAAAUGGAGAGAUACCUUGCGAAACAUCCAUUGGAACAGAUUUUGGACACCUUCCAUGACGGAUAUCAUGCAAAUUUUUAUGCCACAUGCGAUACAGUGUUUGCCAAACCCAAAAAUACGAGGAAAUACCUAAAUCCUGUAAGAAACUUGAUAGACGGCUUUUCAACAUAUGUCAACCGCGCACAAUUGUUCCCAAGCAACGCGAAUAACAUCAACUCCCGACUUACUACGAUAGCUUAUCGGAUUGAGUCAACACCAUUUGACUUGGCCCCAUUCGAGCCCCUGGCGUCACUAAUUCUAACAGACGCGACAGAUACCGAGAUCUGGAAAUCCCUUGUGCAGCUUGUUGGUACGCUUGAGUCAAUUUUCGCAUCCCAAGAGAAAAAGGUGGAGAAUGUAGCGGCCAAAUCAAUUUUCAGGCGUGCUGGUACAACUCAAGCUUGUACAGAACAGACCAUGGAACGUUUAAAAAUAUUGCUUCGCAGGGAGCUCCAUGGUUCGGUUUACAUAAAUGUGCAAGGGUUCUGGAAAAAGUACUUUACAAAUAAAUUGUGGGAGGACAAAUGUAUUGGCCUAGCAAAGGAAUUCAUGAAGCGAUCUGCGGAGGACGAUUUGAAGUUCCCAGAAACACCCACGGAAAAAUCAGUUUGGGACUGGAUGAAGGCUGUGGAAAAGAAAAUAUUCGAGUCAUCCAGCAAGACUUGUGUCAUCUCGAAAACGAAAUCGAGUUCAACUUCCGAAGGAGAUGUACAACAUCUCAACAAAACCCAGUUUCGAACUACCAAAGCCAGCGAAUUCGAUGGUGGUCAGACAGCUCGACAGGUUGAUUACUUUAUCAAACGACGAGGACUACCGGCUUCUAAUAGACACCACUGGCGUGACGUACUCGUGGUGGGAGAGUUUACAGAAUCCACACAGACUGUGUUCAUGGAUAAGUUCCUACAACUUUCAGUAUUAAUGCGCGAGCUCUUUUUUGCUCAGCCCCUUCGACGGUUUGCUCACGCAUUCCAUCUUUUCAAAAAGUCACUUCUGCUCUGGGUCUAUGAUAGAUCAGGGCCGUACUGUGGCUCGUACAUUGAUAUUGGCAAAUCGCCGCAGACGCUUGUUUACGUUAUGGCGGCAUACAUGUCAAUGAGCGACGCUGAACUCGGUCUCGACCCUAAUAUCAAGUACGAGGCCCAUCAGAUCACUGUCACCCUGGACGUGGACGGACCGGAGAAAGAGCGUGAGUUCAAACUCUCUCCCAAACCAGUUGCACAACAGACUUCACUUGUCUCCAGGGGAACUAGCUGCUACCACACUUUGGAAGGAGACUGUGCAGUCAAGUUCUCUUGGAGAAUGUGCGGGGAUCAUUCGGAAGCCGAGCUGCUGAAACUUGCGAAAGACGUGGAUGGCAUGGCAAAUCCUAUGGGAUCGCGUGAUUUCGUAAAAAUUAGCGAUCUUCGAAAGGAUCUAAUUUUCACUAAUAAAAUGGUGAAAAAUACAUUUCCAGACGACAUAUCCAUGGCCACACCGCUCUCAUUCACCGAUGGUAUAAUGCUUCGCGAAAGCAAGAGCACAAGUAUUGCUGGGACACGAAAGCGAAAAAGUGCGACAAGCGAUUCUGGAACUGAAACCGGUCGAUCUAGUAAGAGAUCAAAGACUUCACAUGGAUCAUCUUUCACUAGAAAUACCCAAACUGAAGUAAUACCAACCGUGUCGUUAAACGCAAUCAUCGAAGAAGAAGAACCUUCCGUCCCAGCAAAUUGGAUGCUCAAUAAGACAGAAAGUUCACUAAGAGGAAACGCAGAGCCUACUGGGGAGAAACGGAAGAGCACGGAGAAUGAUGAAGUCAACGGACGGAUCAAGAGACUGCUUCUAUCGAGUAGAGAAGAGGAAGCAUCUUCUGUUGACGAUUCUGCAAUAAGUACGGUUCCUGGUGAUUUAGAGGUUGAAACUGAUGAGGUUGGCGCCUACACUGAAGUAGAAGUCAAGUUCGCAGAGAUACGAGAUCGUCAUUCAUCGGCUGUCGCAACAUCACCUUACGGAAGAUCGCUACACAAGGUGGAAUCACCACUUGAGCUGGUCACCGUACUGCGUGAUGCCAUCAAGGCCCAUUGGUCAUUGAUGACGAAAGCGAAAAUAUUACACCGUGAUAUCUCUGCGAACAAUAUCAUCAUGACUGGAACUGAAGCUUGUAAAGACUGGAAAGGAUACGUCAUUGACCUGGACCUAGCCGUCUUGCUUACAGAUGGCAAAUCUCAAGAGAAGAGACAGGCUAUGACCGGGACGAUGGAGUUCAUGGCACUAGAGAUUUUGAAUGGUAGUUGUGAAAGCACAGGCGUCGUUGUGGAGCAUUCAUACCGCCAUGACCUCGAGUCAUUUUUUUAUAUCCUCCUGUGGCAAUGCUUAAGCUGUGGAUGGGAAGAUGGUAAAAAUCCGAACAAAGAAUACCUUUCAAAAUGGUAUAAGGGGACAGCUUAUGAGAUAUUUGACUUCAAGAAAACUGAAAUGGAAAGUUCUCAUUUCGUUCAACAAUUGUUGCCCAAAUUCUCGUUAAAGUUUCAAAGUAUUUGGGACCUCGCCAUGGAAUUCAGAAAGAUUUUAUUCUUGCCGUACGGGGAAUUCUUUAUCGGAUCUCACAAGGACAAUAAUGCCCUAUACAAAGCUACCAUGGAGGCCUUCAACGAGGCCAUAGAAUUGCUGACAAUGUAUGUUAUAUUUUCUUAA